AGUGUGAGAAGGACAGGCUGAAAGAUUACAAGGCGAAGACCGUGAUUGCCCUGAUUAACUUGAUGUGUACAUGAAGAUUUAUUUAUUUUUAUUUUUUUUGCAUUGCGUUAUAAUUAAAUUAAAUUAAAUACGUUUUAUUAUUACAUCUUUUGAUGACAGCGCAGCAGCAUGAGACGAGUUUACUGCACAUCAAACUGUGUGACAGCUGUCAUGAAUAAGUGAAACAUACAAAGAGCUGCGGGCAUGAAUACUAUAGGAGUUUCAUUUUUAGAUCCCUUGGAUGAUUAUGAGAUUAUUCAUCUGAUCGGGAGCGGCACUUAUGGAGAAGUCUUUAAGGCUAGAAACAUUAGGAGCUCAGAAAUGGCUGCUAUCAAAAUUGUUAAACUGGAUCCAGGUGAUGACAUCACCUCCAUCCAGCAGGAGAUAACAAUGAUGAAGGAGUGUAAGCAUAAGAACAUUGUGGCCUAUUAUGGCACUUACCACAGGAAUAAUAAAUUGUGGAUCUGCAUGGAAUACUGUGGGGGAGGAUCAUUGCAGGAUAUCUACCAAGUAACUGGACCUUUAAAGGAAAAACAGAUUGCUUACAUCUGCAGGGAAACUCUCCAGGGUUUGAAUCAUCUCCAUGAGACAGGCAAAAUACACAGAGACAUUAAGGUCAGUAAGAUUUUAGCUGAUUUUGGGGUUGCGGCUGAGAUAAGUGCCUCUGUUGCCAAGAGGAAGUCCUUCAUAGGAACUCCCUACUGGAUGGCCCCUGAGGUGGCAGCAGUGGAAAAGAAGGGUGGAUACAACCAUCUGUGUGAUAUCUGGGCAGUGGGCAUCACCGCCAUUGAGCUGGCAGAGCUACAGCCACCUAUGUUUGACCUUCAUCCCAUGCGUGCUCUGAUGCUGAUGUCUAAGAGCAGCUUCCAGCCUCCCAAACUAAAAGACAAGAGCAAAUGGCCUGCAGGGUUUCAUAGCUUUGUGAAGAUGUGUUUAAUCAAAAGUCCUCGCAAGAGGCCGACAGCAGAAACUCUUCUCCAGCACCCCUUUGUAACACAGUUACUCACCAGAAAAUUGAUGAUUGAGCUGCUGGACAUAGCAAGUAACCCGGACCUCCAUCAUCCACCCAGUCCUGAAGAGAAUGAAGAGGCAAGUGAUACAGCCCCAGAUACGAUCCAGUCUAAAGGGAAACAUAUGCCAGUGGAGAGAAGUUUAUCAGAAGAACAAUUUGACCAGGUUAAGUUUACCGCUCCCAGGAGAAAAGAGACUGAACCAUAUCCUGACCUGGGAUCGUGUGAUGAUUGGAGCAUAUCUGGAGAUGAACCAGAGUCACCGGGUCUUUUGGAAAGAGUGGAGGAGGAGUUACAGCAUAGGUGCUUGACAGUGAAAAGACGCUCAUAUUUUGAGUGGAGUAAGAGGAAAAGUGGACUGUUCAGUCCACCACCUGUCUCUGCAACAACAUCACUUCCUCCCAUGAGUUCUUUAGACUCUAAUCUGGAGGACAAGGACCUUACGCUUCGACCCAGUGCUACUCUAUGCCCUGAAACUGUAUUAAGUCCAGCAUUGUUGAGGUGUUCAGGCAGUCAGGAUGUGCGGCACUGGUGCAGUGACCCUUAUGUUCCUGAUGGUAAUGACACACAGGACAAACAGAGGACUCUUACAAGGACUUUGAGCAGAGACACGGCUCUUUCUACAGAGUGGAGCACCAUGAGGAAGAAAACAGAGGACUCUAGAGCAGAUUCUCACGGACUUCCUCCCACUCCCCAAGUCUAUAUGGGGGCCUGUUUUACUAAAGUCUUUAAUGGAUGUCCACUGAAAAUUCAUUGUGCAGAGACAUGGGUUUUGCCCAAAACAAGAGAUCAAUAUUUAAUUCUGGGUGCAGAGGAGGGUGUUUAUAUCCUUAACUUAAAUGAACUGCAUGAAGACACCUUAGAAAAGUUGCUUCCACAGAGAUGUACUUGGCUUUACGUCAUGAACAAUGUCUUAAUGUCCAUCUCUGGUAAGUCGUCUCAUCUCUACUCUCAUAGACUGACAGCUCUGUUUGAACAGCGAGGGCAUUUACAGAGGAAACAGGGUCACAUGUCCCUCGGCACCAACUGCUUCACGGAACGGAUCAUCCACAGGAAGUUUGCCGUGUCAGUGAAGAUUGCUGACACUAAGGGCAGUCGAAAGUGCAGUGUGGCUCGUAACCCUUACACAGACAGCACGUUCUUGUGUGCUGCAGUUCCCUCUGGUCUUGUGCUAUUGUUGUGGUAUGAACCGCUGCAGAAGUUCAUGCACCUCAAGCACAUUGCCGUGCCCCUGCCGGACCCAUUGCCCAUCUUUGAGCUGCUGGUGUUAAUGACAGAUGAGCUUCCUCAGCUCUGUGUGGGUGUCCAGGAAAGCCUCCAACAGCAAAACGAACGACAGCUAAAGUUUGACAUCAUCCAUCUGAAUGGCACGCCAAACCCUCAGCAAGACUUUGAGACAAUAAGAGCUGUACAAGUGACACAGCUGGACAGAGACACUCACCUUAUUAAUAGUUGA